UUCGUUAUCAUCAUCAUCAUCAUGCAAUAUCUUCAGCGUUUAAGGGCAUUAUCAAGAAACAUUGGCCUUUUGGUGAUGCCAUUGCUAUACUGUCUCUGGAACUGAAUGUGACAUUCAGUAUGCUGUCUCCCAGUUCAUUUAUAUUACCAUAUUGUGCAGACAAAACAAUAUAAGAAACACACUUGGAGCAAUUCCCUUGAGCUCCAAACAUGGAGAAGAAGAGAGAUGGAGACAUGAAAAGGGACAGUAAGAGUAUAACUGAAUGUGAAUCAGCCCCACUUCUGGAAGAAACAGCUGCUAUUUCCAGUAUAUGUUUUUUGAAACCUAAUUAAUAGGUCAUGAAAGGAAAGUGAACAAAGGGCAGUUACUGAAGUUUUCUAGUGGUCCUUGGGUCAUCAGUGGCUAAGGUACAGUUUGUCUCCAUCCCAUUUUCUGUCCUACUGCCAUUCCCAGAAUCCAGAAGGAGAUAGGUUUAGAAGGACCUAGAGACAGAGAACAAAAUGUAGCUGAAAAGAAGCAGAGAAGAAACGUCUCGGGCCUUGGAACGGGGGUUCUCUCUGCUUGAGAUUCACCCUUUUGGUCACUCCAUCUCACAAUGUCAAAGAAGGCUGCCAGCAGUCGUGCUAAGGGAGAAAAACCUGACACCUUAGCUGCCUUACAAGCUGCCAAUGAAGAACUCAGAGCAAAACUUACAGAUAUACAAAUAGAGCUUCAACAAGAAAAGAGUAAGGUUAGUAAGUUGGAACGUGAGAAAAACCAAGAAAUAAAACAAAUUAGGGAGCACGAACAGCACAGAUAUAUAGUUCUUGCAACAGAACAGAAGACCAAACUUCAUGAAGAAAAAAUGAAGGAAAUUCAGGUAGUACGAGAGACACUAUUAAGGCAACAUGAAAGCGAACUUCUCAGAGUCAUUAAAAUCAAAGACAGUGAAAACCAAAGACUACAGGCCCUUGUCAAUGCUUUAAGGGAAGGAACUACCGAUAAAAUUAAAACUGCCCUUUAUUCAGAAGCAAAAGAUGAGGCUAGGAGAUUGUUCGAGUCUGAAAAAGUGAAAAUGCAACAAGAAAUUUCUGAACUUAAGGGAGCAAAGAAACAGACAGAGGAAGCUUUAAGUUUAGCUAUACAAGCUGAUAAAAUUAAGGCUGCAGAGAUGAGAAGUGUCUAUCAUCUACAUCAAGAAGAAAUAAAUAGAAUCAAGCGGGAAUGUGAACGGGAGAUUCGUAGAUUGAUGGAGGAGAUAAAAUUAAAAGAAAAAGCAAUCAGUAUGUUGGAAAAAGAUUUAGGGAUUCAAGCUGGGCAUGUUCAAAGACUUCAGCUGGAAAAAGAAGCUUUAGAUGACCAACUUAUCCAGGUCAGAGACUCUGAACGAUAUCUGAGCAGUCCCAAAUGUGAACUUCCUUGUCCGUCUGGUACAGGAGAAGCCAUUGAUCUUUCAGAAAGCACUGAACAGCAGCUGGAUGAGAAAGACACUCGACGUUUCCAAUUAAAGAUUGCAGAAUUAAGUGCAAUUAUUAGGAAACUGGAAGAUCGAAAUGCCCUACUAUCAGAAGAGAGAAAUGAGCUGCUCAAGAGGCUGAGAGAAGCUGAGAGUCAGUAUAAACCACUACUCGAUAAAAACAAACGUCUCAGUAGAAAGAAUGAAGAAUUGUUGUACACAUUACGCCGAAUGGAAAACAAAUUGAAAUUUAUAACACAGGAAAACAUAGAAAUGAGACAAACGAGUGGGAAAAUAAGAAGACCAAGCUCUUUAAAUGACCUUGACCAAAGUCAUGAAGAACGAGAAAUAGAAUGCCUAAGAAUGCAAAUCGUUGAGCAACAGCGAAUCAUAGAUAACCUUUGUAAGAAACUAGAGACUGCUGGUUACGUCAAGAGUGUAAUAGAACAUGACAAAUUAUUGAGAUACAGAAAGCAAAGAAAGAAAAUAUCCAAACAAGGCAAGAAGCCAGUGGUAGAAACUUUCUUUGGGUAUGAUGAAGAUGCUUCCAUGGAUUCAGAUGGAUCUUCGGUAUCGUGCCAAACUGACAGGACAGAUCGAACACCAUGCACUCCUGAUGAAGAUGUAGAAGAGGGUAUGGCAAAAGAAGAGACUGAACUUCGCUUUCGGCAGCUGACAAUGGAGUACCAAGCUUUGCAGCGAGCAUAUGCUCUUCUCCAAGAACAAGUAGGAGGAACUCUUGAUGCAGAGCGAGAAGUUAAGACUCGUGAACAGUUACAAGCAGAAGUUCAAAGAUGCCAAGCUAGAAUCGAAGAUCUGGAGAAGGCCCUUGCAGAACAAGGCCAGGAUAUGAAGCUAAUUGAAGAAAAACAAGUUUUGUACCAACGGAAUCAAGAACUAAUAGAAAAGAUCAAACAAAUGGAAAUUGAAGAAGCUCGGCUUAAACAUGAUAUACAAGACGUCAAAGACCAAAAUGAACUUUUAGAAUUCCGAAUCUUAGAGCUUGAAGAGAGAGAGCGAAGGUCUCCUUCCAUCAACUUCCAUAGCAUUCCAUUCACUGAGGGAAAAAGUCCUCUCCAGGUAUACUGUGAAGCAGAAGGUGUAACAGAUAUUGUGGUAUCUGACCUAAUGAAGAGGUUGGAUAUUUUAGGGGAUAACGCCAACCUGACAAAUGAAGAACAAGUGGUUGUAAUACAAGCAAGAACAGUUCUUACAUUGGCUGAAAAGUGGCUGCAGAAAAUAGAAGUCACUGAAUCUGCCUUACAGAAAAAGAUGCUAGAUCUAGAGAAUGAAAAGGCACUUUUUAGUAAACAAAAAGGCUACUUGGAUGAAGAACUUGACUACAGAAAACAAUGUCUGGACCAAGCUCAUAAGCGGAUUCUGGAAGUGGAAGCAAUGCUUUAUGAUGCCCUGCAGCAGGAGGCGGGAGCCAAAAUGUCAGAAAUUCUCUCAGAAGAGGAAAGGGAGAAGCUGAACAAUGCAGUGGAGCAAUGGAAACGGCAGGUUAUGAGUGAGCUUCGGGAGAGAGAUGCCCAGAUACUGCGAGAGAGAAAAGAGCUUGUUCACCACGCACAGCAGAGAAUUAAAGAGUUAGAAGAAAAAAUUGAAGGGCAGAAAAGACAGAUAAAAGAGUUGGAAGAAAAGUUUUUAUUUUUGUUUUUGUUUUUUUCAUUAGCAUUUAUUCUUUGGUCAUAGUUCUUCCAGUCAGCCAAAAAAGACAACUAAAACAAGAAGCAAAGAUUUUCUUGUUGAAACAAAGAUAUUGGUUUUCAAUGGGAAACAGAAACUGGAAGAAGAAGUACAGUAUAACUGUGAAAACAUGGCUUUAUGCUGUUCUCAGCGGAGGAAUCUUGGAAGAUGGAUUUCUGCAGCAGUUCUGUUUUGUAUAAAGAAGACCACAAGUAAAUGUUUGACAAAGAGCAAGUGAGAAAGGUAAACAGACACUAAAAAAGAAGCAGAACUGUUAAAUGUCUUCUCCUCAUGUGAGUCAUAUGCUUUCUCUUCAGAAGACCUAACACAUGCUGCUUUAAAGAAAAAAAAAUAUAUAUAUAUAGCUUUAUCUAAGAUUAAUAAAUAAUGAAAAUAAAAUUAUGUUUAAAAUAUCCCUGCCAAGCAGGUAGUUUGUACAUCUGCUUCUAUAAGGAAGCAACAUUUUCAUCCAUUCAAUUCACAUCUGUACCUUCUUCACAGUUAUUUUAAGUAUUAUCUGAGAAUUAAGACUUUAACAGCACAAAACUAAACUAAUGAAUGGGGCUGGCAAGGACAUGGACCAGAGAUACCUCUAGUAUGUUAUUUUAUUAUUUCCUUCCGAGGAACCCAAGCUGCACAACUGAGAUCAAACCACUGUUUGUAGAAAUGGGACACAAAUCAAUUACGUGUAUUACCACAACAUUGAUUUCUAGGGCCAGGAAGAGAAAGGGUUCCUACCACUAUACUUCAUGACACAAUUAAUGAUUUUGAUCCCAAAAUGCCACAGCUAUCCACCACAACUGUUGAUUUGUAUAUAAGAUAAACUUCAUGUAUACCCAAAUUGCCACUCAGAAUACAUGAAACUGAUUUUCCAUGGUGCUGCAUGCUGGAUUUUACAGCUGAAGAAGGAUUUAAGAAGAAGAAAACUGACUUAUUAUGCAACUGUGGCUGUGGAUACUUAAUCAGCAUAAGGAUACACUAUGAAAUGCUAAAGAGUUUACUGAACUCAGGCAAAGAAUGUACUACUACCACUGCUAUAAGAAUAUAAAUUUGAAAAAUCUCCAACCGGUAUACAAUAAGCAACCCUGGAAAGACUAAAUGGCAGUUAUAGAAUGUAACCGUGAAACUGAGAAGGAAAGGAGAUCAUCAGAGCAUCGAGUUUUCUACAGCCUUAGCAGUAUAACCGCUUUACUGCUCUCUCUGGAAGGGGAGUACAAUUGUUGGACAUCUUUCUACCCAUUUAUGCUGGAACCAGCACAAUGACACCUCCAGAUAUCAAGAAAUGUGAAUGGGCGUCAAGCCAGGAAUCUAAUUUGGCAUUUAAGUUUUAUUGUAAAAUAUUUGUCCAAAAUUCUUGACCUUUUUAAAGGUAUAGUUUAUUAAUAAAAAUAAUCUUGUUUGCUGUUUAAAGGAAAUAGAAAUGAAAACAAUUUAUUUUAUACAAUGUGUAUGGGAUUUAUAUGUUUCUCUGCUAAAAUGAAGACGCCUAAAAUUUUAAAAGCACUAGUUGUGUGAUUUUAAUGAUUAUUUCAUGACUUAAAAUAUGAUAUAUUUAUGUGUUAGUUCUCCUGGGAAUGUAAAAUGAAAAGACUGUUGCAUUAAUUGAUAUUUGAAGAUAAUGCUUAUCAACAUUUUAAAAACUAGAGUUAUGUGACUUGAUUUAAUCUGGUCUGAUGAAUAAUGAAUGUUUGAAAUUAGUACAAAUCAGUGAAUAGAAGGUGAUGUCCAAACAUAAUUGAAGUAAGAUUUAACAAUAAUUUAUAUCCAGUAUUGCUAUAAUGACACACGCAAGCAAAAGAUUCAGAUAGAGUAUUUGCCACAUUUAUAACACCAAUGUUAUUCAAGACAAUUCCACGUGACAGUGUCCAAAGGAUGCCUAUAACAUGAACAUGUUCUUUUUCUUGUUGUCAAAAUCAGGAGUGCAGUACAUGUUUAUUAUGUGAUGAUUGGUAAACUACAAAAAAACAAAAAAAAGAGCCAUAGAAUAAUAGUGGACUAUGAGCAAACAAAAAAAAAAAAAAAAGGUUUUCUGUUGCAUAUACUAAAAAAAGACAAAACUUGCAAGAGGUUUAUGCACUUUAUAUGGACAUUGCACAAAAAUAACCUCAUGCAAACAUUCUGCAUCAAGGUAUCGGCUUACUCUGCAGGCUUACAUUAAAAUUGGCACAUUUGUAUGUGGCAAUUAGCAUACUGUGAGGAGGAUAUAAAGGAUUAUGACUGGUUUGCUGAUGCUAAUCAUGUUAUUAUUUGGAUGAGACAUGGAUCCUAAGGAAUUCACCUUGAAAGUGAAGCUUGAAAGGUGAAUGUUGGCAUCCAUGUCGAGAACACAUAAUCUUAGGUUAGCACUGCUGACCUCUCAUAGUUAUUUAUAGUACAUGGAGCCUUAUCGACUGCAUGAACUACAAAUUACAGUUAAAACAGGGUAAAAAAGCAUUAAGAAUUUUAACGGCUUUCAAAACCAUAAAACAGUUAAUGAGCCCUUUCAGAAAAGUAGUGUAACACCAUGCCUUAUGUUUUCUUACCUUCCAUGCCUCUCAACUGGGUACAUUUUCCGAAAAUGCCCAGGUUCUGUCUCAUGUUGGCUGUGUUCCUCAUAAAGUCUGUGGCUUUUGGACAAAUUACUGUGUACUGAAAACACUAAAUAAUGGCAUACAUUUAGGUUUCAGACUUCUUAUCCUCCAGCAAAUCAGGCAACACAUAUCCUGCUACUAUUCAACUAACUUUCUAGGCUUAGAAUAUGAAGUCAGUGAAAUGUUAUCAACUGGCAGCAGAUAGAAACAAAUCUUUUAUUCUGCUGUUGUCAUUUGCACUGGCAGAUUUUACUGCCUAGCCCAAGACCCAACCUUAACAACUUUAGCAGGUGGUGCUUAACAUUUGUUAAAGAUGGUCUUAUGCUACUCUAGUGCUUAAACUGAUUUAUCUCAUCAGAGUAUAAUCAGUGUGAUCCAUACACAACAUUAUCAUUGUAAAAUCUAGUUGUAACAGUACAUUUUAUUGUAGAGGUAUUGCUUUUUUUAGAAAUUUAUUUUUUGAGCUUUAGCAAGAUACAUAAAUUGAUAACUGAAACCAGUUAACAUAUAACAGGCUAUAGAUCAUAAAAAUACAAUGUUGUGAAUAGCAACCAUAACAUAUAAUUUUUUUUCUGGCCAAGAAGAUUUAACUAGGUAUAGAAUUAAACAGUUCUUAACAUGCUAUAUGUAAUCUCAGACAUCAGUUAAACAGUUUAACAUUGAAACGUCUGGACAAACUAUGUACAAAGAAAUUAACAAGUUGGGGAGGGUCACCUGGAUAGAGUUAAAAUAUAAAUAUAUAAAUUAUGUUUAUAUGAAGUGUAUAUAUGCUGUUUAUAAACUAAUGAAAAAUAAAUACAAAGACAGAGUAAGAGGUACUAUUCUGGGAGAAAAAUGUUUAGCUGCACUUCAUAUAAUAGAUUACUGACACAUCGUCAUUACUGAGGCUAGUAGACCUGAAAAGUUUACUUUAGGAAGUAUUUUCUUUUAUAGCAUACACCCCUUCUCUCUAACUGUAGACACAGUGGAGUUACACUACUAUAUCUAAAUCAUCUGCAUAUGCUAGGUAUUUAAGCAGUACAUCUGAAUGCAACAGAAAUACCUAAAUUUGUUACUCUUUCUACUAAGUCAAGAUUCUAAAUUAUUAUGAACAGCAGCUUACUACCUGUUCAUGUGAGCAGCAAAAAAAAUGGGAGGAGUUUUUACCACCGAGUGAUGGUAUAACACCAUAAGACAUGUGCGCUACAUGUGCAGUAUGGCUAGUUGCUGACACCUUCUAAUUAAAUAAUGAUUGGCAGUCAAUUUUGUCUGCUAUUUCAAAACAAGAUGUGCUCAACACAAGCUUGAUUACAUUAGAAUUAAUUGAACUGAAAGUUUAACCUACUAUAAUUAACUCCUUCAAACCCAUAAAGUCAGGAAGAGUUAUAUCUGUUAAUCUUUUAUUUGGCAAUAUAUAUACAUCUAUAUAUAUAUAUAUAUAU